AUGGUUGUCUUGAACCCAAAUAACUGGCACUGGGUGGAUAAAAACACCUUACCUUGGUCUAAGAACUACUUGAACGGUAAAUUAACGAGUUUAUGCACCGUUUCUUCCGAUGGCAAGAGCAAAAUCGAGUUGACCCAGGUGAGUAGCAUUACUGGUGACUCCAACGUAUCCCAAAGAAAGGGUAAGCCAAUUUGCUACUUUGACCUACAGUUAUCGAUGGACGUCAAAGUGACGGAUUUAGAUACUAACAAGAACGACGAAGAUAAUGAAGGAAUAGUUGUGGACGGGAAAUUAGAAAUUCCAGAGUUCAUGCAUGAUGAAUCCGAUUUCCCCAUUUUAUCUCAAGGUUUUGAUGCAUUUGAUGGAUUGGUUAGAUCAGAAUUUGUCCCUAAAGUAUUGGAAACACUACUAAAAUACCAAGAUGACUUGAUCAAAGAGCAUUCCAAGGAUAUACAAGUGUAA